CAUGGAGGAGCUCGACUGUGACCCUCCAGUCACUUUGAUUCCAGGAGUGGAUUCCAAGAAGAAGCAAAUGUGUUUUAACUGGGGCCCAGGGGAGAUGCUGGUGUGUGAAACUUUGUUCAACAAAAAAGAAAACUCCAAGGCUGCCCCAGGCUGCCCCCUUGUUUAUGUCAUCCGGAAGGAUGUGGACAUUUACUCUCGAAUCUUGAGAAUACUCUUCAAUGAAUCCCACGGAAUCUUCCUUGGCCUGCAGAGAAUGGAGGAAGAAUUGAGUGGCAAAUCCAGAAAAACUCAAUUGGUUCGAGUGAGUAAAAACUACCGGUCCGCCCUGAGGGCAUGUAUGGAGGAGAUGCACCGGGCAGCAAUUGCCGCUAAAGAUGCAGCCAGUGGCCACCAGUACAGCAGCCAGGUUUCCAUUCUGUCGGCAAUGGAGCUUAUUUGGAAUCUCUGUGAGAUUCUGUUUAUUGAAGUCGCCCCUGCUGGGCCCCUCCUCCUCCACCUCCUUGACUGGAUCCGUCUGCAUGUGUGUGAAGUGGACAGUUUGUUACCAGAUCUUCUGGCCAGUGAGAAUCCAAGCAAGCAUGAGAACUUCUGGAAGUUGGUGACCAUCUUGGUGCUGCAGGGCCGGCUGGAUGAAGCCCGGCAGAUGCUCUCCAAGGAGGCCAAUGCCAGCCCCACCUCGGCCGGCAUGUGCAGAGUCCUGGGGGACCUGAUGAGGACGAUGCCCAUUCUCAGUCCUGGGAACAUGCAGACGUUGACAGAGCUGGAGCUGAAGUGGCAGCACUGGCAUGAGGAGUGUGAGCGUUACCUGCAGGACGGCACCUUCGCCUCAAGCCCGCGCCUGGCCACACUCUGCAAGAUCCUGCUGGGAGAUGAGGAGACCCUGUUGGAGCAGAAGGAGCUGCUGAGUAACUGGUACCAUUUCCUGGUGACGCGGCUGCUGUAUUCCCACCCCACGGUGAAGCCCACCGAGCUGCACAUGUACGCACAGUCCAGCCUGGACCUGUUCCUGGGAGGGGAGAGCCCGGAGCCCCUGGACAACAUCUUGAUGGCAGCCUUUGAGUUUGACAUCCACCAAGUGAUAAAGGAGUGCAGCAUCGUCCUGAGCAACUGGUGGUUUGUGGCCCAUCUGACUGACCUGCUGGACCACUGCAAACUGCUCCAGUCUCACAAUCUCUAUUUUGGCUCCAACAUGCGUGAGUUCUUGCUGCUGGAAUAUGCCUCAGGACUGUUCGCACAUCACAGCCUGUGGCAGCUGGCGGUGGAUUACUUUGACCACUGCCCCGAGCUGGGCCGAGUCUCCCUGGAGCUGCACAUUGAGCGGAUUCCUCUGGACACGGAGCAGAAGGCACUCAAGGUGUUGCGGAUCUGUGAGCAGCGGCAGAUGGUCGAACAAGUCCGCAGCAUCUGUAAGAUCUUGGCCAUGAGAGCCAUGCGGAACAGCCGCCUGGGCUCCGCCCUCUCCUGGAGCAUCCGAGCCAAGGACGCUGCCUUUGCCACCCUGGUGUCAGACAGGUUCCUCAGGGACUACUGUGAACGAGGCUGCUUCUCGGAUUUGGACCUCAUUGACAACCUGGGGCCAGCCAUGAUGCUCAGCGAUCGGCUCACAUUCCUGGGGAAGUAUCGCGAGUUCCACCGCUUGUAUGGGGAGAAGCACUUUGUGGCUGGGGCGUCUCUUCUCCUGUCACUGAUGACAUCACAGAUCGCCCCUCGGUCUUUCUGGAUGACUCUCCUGACAGAUGCCCUUCCCCUUCUGGAACAGAAACAGGUCAUUUUUUCAGCAGAGCAGACGUAUGAGUUGAUGAGGUGUCUGGAGGACUUGACCACAGGAAGUCCAGCGUGUGCUGAGUCCGAUGACCAGAGACCCCAGGGUGACGAGAUCGAGACCACCAAGGUGGAGAUGCUCAGACUGGCUCUUGCGCGUAACCUUGCCCGGGCGAUUGUCAAAGAAGGCUCUGUAGGGGGCUCCUGA